AUGGCCACCGCUGCCCUCCGUUCACCCUCGCCGCCGCCCAGCUCUCCCCGGCAGAGCACCGGCAUUCCUUCUACCAUUCAAAUAUCUUCCUCCGUGUCUUUUCGCACCACUACAUCAUCCCUCUCGUCUACCCAGACCCUCGACCACAGACCAAUCCAUCUUUUGAAGGUCACUGGUGACCAAGAGCCAUACCCUUCAGCCUUUGGACCUCCGCCUCCUUCUCCACCAGCCAGCGUGACGGAAUUAGAGCCCUCAAUGCGGGAGCCGGUUCUCUUUGAUGAGCCAGAGCAAAUUCAAUCAUCAUCCAGUUCUUUGCCUCAGUCCGAGUCGCUCAAGCGGUCUAUCACCGAUGCGAAGCUCUCUUUUCGCACGCCAGAAACGGAUUUGAACGGCUCCCUCCCGUCAGACACCUAUCUGCAGCCACCCUCCUCGCGACCAACCCGAAGAAAUACAACUGGCUCGACCUCGUGGAAUGCGCCUCGCACGUCACAACACACACAGUUUGGGUCUCAACCUCAUGCAGAAGACCUCGAGGGGGAGCUUGCUUCAGAUAUUCAACUCCACGCCGAACAAAUUAGACGAGAGCGUCAGAGUAAACGGGCCAAGCAACAACAGGAGGCCGAGGCUGCUCUGACGCGCAAUGAACGAGCACCGCCAGUCCGUCAUGGAUCGAAGGACGAAGACAAGGUUCUCGUUGGCAAUAUCAUUGGCGAAGAUCAUGUCAACUACGUUCUCAUGUACAACAUGCUAACUGGGAUUCGCAUCGGAGUCUCGCGUUGUCAGGCCAAAAUCAAGCGUCCUCUAACAGACGAAGACUACGUAGCGCGUCACAAGUUCUCAUUCGAUAUCGUCGGUAAUGAGCUCACGCCAUCAGCCAAAUACGACUUCAAAUUUAAAGAUUAUGCGCCGUGGGUGUUUCGUGAGUUGCGAGAGGACCUUUUCCAUCUGGAUCCUGCCGACUACCUGCUCUCUCUCACCUCCAAAUACAUUCUUUCCGAGCUUGGUUCUCCAGGAAAGUCGGGCUCAUUCUUCUAUUUUUCGCGCGACUACCGCUUUAUCAUCAAAACUAUUCGCAGCACCGUUGGCCGUUUGUAUCCAGAGGCAAAGGCGGAACAAAAUCCACGUGCCGUCCUCAAAGAUUUGAACUGGAUCAACCGUGGUAAAAUGCUUGAAAUUGGACCAGAGAAGCGAGCGUUGCUGACAGAGCAGCUCCGCCGGGACGCCGAAUUUCUACGCAAAAUCCGCGUCAUGGAUUAUUCGUUGCUGAUUGGCAUUCAUAAAAUGGAGCGGGGCAACCGCGACAAUGUACGACGGAAUACCCUCAAAGUCUUUUCGCCUGAUAUCACUAUGGUCCGUCGUGCAACGUCGACAGCAGUCAAAGGCGGUGUUUCUGCUGAGGCCAUAGCAAUUCGGCGUGCGAUGCGUGAGUCGGAUCCCAAACGACUUGGUCAUGGAAAAGGAACCAUACGGUUGCCGGAAGAAGACACCGGUGAUCGGCGUGACUUUUUAUUCUAUCAAGACGAAGGUGGAUUGCGGGCCACAGACGAAACCAACGAUGCGAUGGACAAGAUAUACUACCUCGGCGUCAUUGACAUCCUUACGCCGUAUACUUUCGUCAAACAGCUCGAACACUUCUGGAAGGGCCUCAGUGCAGAUCGACAUAAGAUUAGUCCUGUUGAGCCAAACGAAUACGGGGAUCGUCUAAUUUCUACCUACUCUCCUGCGCACUUUCACGCGCCCCACACUCCUUUUUUUCUACCUGUAGACUCUCUACCACCCCACACUCUCUAUAAAUGCAUCAACUUGGGUCCUGGGACUUGUGUGACAAGGUUUCAACGCUCUUUAACCCGUUUGCCCAACAUGAUGUUCGGAGAAGCUAUAAGACCGGGAAACCGCGGAGGGCAGGGGGACUUCAAAUGGAGCGAUGUUUCUGCUGACAAGGACCGUGAAAACUAUCUUGGCCAUAGUAUCAAUGCCCCUACUGGCCGCUGGCAGAAGAACAAGGAUGUUCAUUGGUACAGCAGGGACAAAGAUGGCACGGAAGAUGAACGGGAUGCGGAGAUUCGCAAAAUCAAGGAAGCAGAGGCAGACGCAUUGGCAGUGGCACUCGGGUUUGCACCAGCGACGAAAACGGCGGGUGAUGAAGGGGGUAGUUCAGGUGGGGCUCCAGUCGAGGACCCAGACAAAGCGGAGCGUCGACGGAGGAAAGCUGAGCGAAAAGAGGAAAAACGAAUGCGAAAGGAACAUAAACGACUUGAACGAGAGGCUCGCCGGUCUCGUUCACGCUCUCCAGUCCGCAGGUCAAAUCCUACUAGUCAUCGGAGAAGUAGGACUCCCCCUGCCCCUCGUCGACGAUCUUUUUCACCAGAAUACGGAGCAACAGACCGGGAACAAGAAAGGGAAAGAGACCGUAGGAGGUGGGACGCAAAUGCCCGUCGACAGCAGCCAGGUUAUUCCAGAUAA